AAAUGGCGGAGGAACAGGAGGUUCGGCAGCUAGAGCUGUUGUGCAAGCAGCUGUAUGAGGCCACAGACCCGGCCGUGCGUGUUCAGGCAGAGAAGGCUUUGGUGGUGUUCCAGAACGCCCCAGACACUCUGUCCAAGUGUCAGCUGUUACUGGAUCGCGGAGACUCUUGCUACGCUCAGCUGCUAGCCGCCACCACACUCACCAAACUCAUCUCCCGAAGCGCGCAGUCUUUGAGUCUCCAGCAGAGAGUCGAUAUUAGGAACUAUAUUUUAAACUAUUUAGCAACAAGACCAAAGCUACCAAAUUUUGUCAUUCAAGCUCUUGUCACGUUGUUCGCUAGAAUCUCUAAGCUUGGAUGGUUUGAUAGUGACAAAGAAGAGUUUGUUUUCAGAAAUGUCAUAUCAGAUGUUACAAAGUUCCUACAGGGGUCCGUUGAACACUGCAUGAUAGGUGUUCAACUUUUAUCUCAUCUCACGUGUGAAAUGAAUCAGAUCUCAGAAGCUGAUGCAAAUCGUUCCUUGACAAAACACAGAAAAAUAGCUUCGUCAUUUAGAGACACACAGCUUUUUGAGAUUUUCAGGCUUUCUUGUUCUCUGCUAGGCACAGCUAGCGAAAACUGCAAGAGCCUGAAUUUCAGUGACGAAUCACAGCAUGGACUGAUGACCCAGUUGUUGAGGCUGGCCUAUAACUGUUUAACGUUUGACUUCAUCGGAACCUCCACUGACGAGUCAUCGGAUGACCUCUGCACUGUACAGAUACCCACCAGCUGGAGACCAGCUUUCCUCGAUUAUUCUACUUUGAAACUGUUCUUUGACCUUUAUCACUCAUUGCCUAACAGUCUUUCUCCAUUGGCGCUGUCGUGUCUGGUCCAGAUCGCAUCAGUGCGCAGGUCGUUGUUUAGCAACACAGAGCGGGCAAAGUUCCUCACACAUCUGGUGAAUGGUGUAAAGCACAUUCUACAAAACCCACAAGGUCUCAGUGACCCCAGCAACUACCAUGAGUUCUGUCGUCUGCUGGCCAGACUCAAGAGCAACUACCAGCUGGGUGAACUGGUCAUGGUGGACAACUAUCCUGAGGCCAUACAGCUGAUCGCUAAGUUUACUGUAGAGAGUCUACAGAUGUGGCAGUUCGCUCCCAACAGUGUACACUACCUACUGAGUCUAUGGCAGAGAAUGGUAGCCUCUGUUCCUUAUGUCAAGGCAACAGAGCCUCAUCUGCUGGAAACUUACACUCCAGAAGUAACCAAUGCAUACAUUACGUCCAGGCUUGAAUGUGUUGCUGUAGUUGUUAGAGAGAACCUAGAAGAUCCCCUGGAUGACCUUGGUAUGGUCCAGCAGCAGCUAGAGCAGUUGUCUGUCAUUGGCCGCUGUGAGUACCAGAAGACCUGCACUCUGCUGGUGCAACUGUUUGACCAAGCAGCUAGGAUAUACCAGGAGCUCAUGUCAUCACCAGCUCCCAACCAGCUGGACAUCACUAUACAAGAAGGUCGACUAACUUGGCUUGUCUACAUUAUUGGAUCCGCUAUUGGUGGUAGAGUAUCAUUCAACAGCAAUGAUGAACAUGAUGCUAUGGACGGGGAACUUGUCUGUAGAGUAUUGCAGCUGAUGAAUCUAACAGACUCCAGACUCUCCCAAGGUGGUUGCGAGAAACUUGAGUUAGCGAUGCUGAGUUUCUUUGAACAGUUCCGCAAAAUAUACGUUGGAGAUCAGGAUUGUAUGUUUCAGGUCCAAAAAAAUUCCAAGGUAUACAGAAGAAUGUCGGAAGUAUUAGGCCUGAUAGAUGAGUCCAUGGUUCUGAGCGUAUUCAUAAGAAAAAUCAUUACCAACCUCAAGUACUGGGGACGUAGUGAGCAAAUCAUCUCCAAGACUCUACAGCUGCUCAAUGACUUGUCUGUCGGCUACAGUUGUGUGCGUAAACUAGUCAAGUUGGAGGAGGUGCAGUUCAUGCUCAACAACCAUACGAGUGAACAUUUCCCAUUCCUGGGUCCGAGUGUUGCUGUCAGUGAGAUGAGGUGUCGCUCCAUGUUCUACACAUCAUUGGGACGUCUAUUGAUGGUGGACUUAGGAGAGGACGAGGACAGGUUCGACACAUUCAUGAUGCCCCUAACAGCUGCUUUUGAGUCAAUAGGAACAAUGCUGGCCUCAGCGGAGACUCCCCUAUUUGCUGCAGAAGAAGCCAAGAAAGCACUGAUAGGUCUGGCCAGGGACCUGAGAGGCUUGGCGUUUGCAUUCAACACUAAAUCAUCCUACAUGAUGUUGUUUGACUGGAUAUACCCCUCCUACACCCCUAUCCUGCUGCAUGCCAUGGAACUGUGGUACAGAGAACCUCAAGUCACCACUCCAGUCCUCAAACUGUUUGCUGAACUUGUACAGAACAGAUCUCAGAGGUUACAGUUUGAUGCUUCCUCGCCCAACGGCAUCUUGCUGUUUAGGGAAGCCAGUAAAGUCAUAUGCAGUUAUGGUAGUCACAUCUUGGAAGUAGAAGUACCCAAGGACCAAAUAUAUGCCAUGAAGCUGAAAGGGAUCUCAAUCUGUUUCUCAAUGCUGAAAGCUGCUCUAUGUGGCAGCUAUGUCAACUUUGGUGUCUUCAGACUGUAUGGAGACGAGGCAUUGGAUAACGCGCUCAAAACAUUUGUUAAACUACUGCUUUCCAUUCCUCAGUCUGAUUUACUGGACUAUCCGAAGCUGUCACAAACGUACUACGUGCUACUCGAGUGUCUAGCUCAGGACCACAUGAGCUUCCUUGCUACUCUGGAGCCCAAUGUGUUCCUCUACAUCUUGUCCUCCAUCUCGGAGGGUCUCACGGCUCUAGGUGCGCACCUCAAUCACUUCACAGAUACAAUGGUGUGUACGGGGUGCUGUGCAACGUUGGAUCAUAUAGUCACCUACCUGUUUAAACAACUUUCACAAAAAGGCAAGAAGUCACGCAGAAACGUACAAGUGAACAAUGAAGUAUUUCUGCAAGUGCUAGAACUUCAUCCUGAGAUUCUUCAGCAGAUUCUCAGCACUGUGCUCAAUGUUAUCAUGUUUGAAGACUGUCGCAACCAGUGGUCUAUGUCCAGGCCUCUUCUAGGUCUAAUACUUCUUAAUGAAGAGUAUUUUAACCAACUUAGAGAAAACAUAAUAAGAAGUCAACCAUCUGACAAACAGGCAGCUAUGGCUCAAUGGUUUGAAAAUCUUAUGGACGGUAUUGAAAGAAAUUUAUUAACAAAAAACAGAGACAGGUUUACACAGAACUUGUCCAUGUUCAGGAGAGACAUCAAUGACUCACUGAAAGGUCCUAACACAACCAGCAGUCCAGGGUCAGCCAAUGACAUGAUGACAUCUUAGUGACCAGACUGAGGCCUCUGUGUACAGAACUCACCUUGUAUCCAAUGUAGUCUGAGAGAUGUUGUUUGUUUGGCAGGUUUACACAGAACUUGUCCAUGUUCAGGAGAGACAUCAAUGACUCACUGAAAGGUCCUAACACAACCAGCAGUCCAGGGUCAGCCAAUGACAUGAUGACAUCUUAGUGACCAGACUGAGGCCUCUGUGUACAGAACUCAUCUUGUAUCCAAUGUAGUCUGAGAGAUGUUGUUUGUUUGGCAGGUUUACACAGAACUUGUCCAUGUUCAGGAGAGACAUCAAUGACUCACUGAAAGGUCCUAACACAACCAGCAGUCCAGGGUCAGCCAAUGACAUGAUGACAUCUUAGUGACCAGACUGAGGCCUCUGUGUACAGAACUCAUCUUGUAUCCAAUGUAGUCUGAGAGAUGUUGUUUGUUUGGCAGGUUUACACAGAACUUGUCCAUGUUCAGGAGAGACAUCAAUGACUCACUGAAAGGUCCUAACACAACCAGCAGUCCAGGGUCAGCCAAUGACAUGAUGACAUCUUAGUGACCAGACUGAGGCCUCUGUGUACAGAACUCACCUUGUAGCCGAUGUAGUCUGAGAGAUGUUGUUUGUUUGGCAGGUUUACACAGAACUUGUCCAUGUUCAGGAGAGACAUCAAUGACUCACUGAAAGGUCCUAACACAACCAGCAGUCCAGG